UGGGUAGGUACGUGGUCGUGGGCUCUUGAUCUCCGCGUCUUGAGGAAAGAGGGCCAUGGGGUCUGCAUUGGCCCCAAAGGGCCAUAAACCAGGAAUAAGCUGAGGCGACUCCAUCAGGCUUUGUGAGAGCUGCGGGGGCCUUUGGAGGCAGUCCCGGGAGACGAGGGCGCCCGUGUGUGAUAUGCACGUGCGCGUGAGCGCCUAUGUCCGUAUGCUAACUAGACCCACUGAGUCAUGGCCGCCAUAGCAAUGCCCCAGCCUGAGUGACACAGAUCCCAAGACUCUUACUAAUAAGACCCAGAGAGGAGAUGUGAGUUCAAGACAACAGCUCAGGGAGCAGGGAUGAAGGGACUACUUUUGAGUGUCACCUUCCAGGGCUCAGAGUUGGAAAGAAACUGGAAACAUGAGAGUCAUUCACAGGAAAGCUAUGUGGACCCAGAGGCGGUGGCCCACAAGGGAGACCCUAUAGGGGACAGUGUCCAGGAGUGCAGUGAUCUCAGCCAAAUCCCACAAACCUGGAGUCCUACAGUCACCCAAGCCAGGGUCCAUGGUGAUAGCAGGCCUGGGUGGUGUGGUAUGCCAAACAAGAGCCCAAAGCAGAAACAUUUGGACAUUGGCCAGGAGGAGAAAGGUGGCAGCUCCAAGAAGCAAUGGAAAUGUGAGGACUGCGAGGCCUUCAGCUACUGCUCAGCAUUCCUUUUGCACCAAAGGAUCCACACUGGGAAGAAGCCAUUGGCAUGCCCAUCCGAGUGCGGCAAGGCCUUCAGCCAAAGCAUAUACCUGACCCUGCACCAGCGCACCCGCACGGGCGAGAAGCCCUAUGCAUGCCAUGAGCGCGGCAAGGCCUUCAGCCAGGGCUCCUACGUGGUAUCUCACUGGCGUACGCAUACAGGCGAGAAGCCGCACUGCUGCACCGACUGUGGCAAGGCCUUCACACGCAUCACGCACUUGACCCAGCACCAGCGCAUACACACAGGUGAGCGGCCCUAUGCAUGCACCCAGUGCACCAAGACAUUCCGCAACCACUCAUCCCUGAUUGAGCACCAGCGAAUUCACAAGGGCGAGAAGCCCUACGAGUGUGCAGACUGCACCAAGGCCUUCCGCUUCUCAUUGGCGCUCAUCAGCCACCAGCGCACCCACACUGAAGAGAAGCCAUACCGCUGUGGCCAGUGCCCCAAGGCCUUCACGCAGAUCGCACACCUGAUGCAACACAGGCGCGUGCACACCGGGGAGAAGCCCUACAUGUGCCCAGACUGUGGCACAACCUUCAGCCAGAGUGCCUCGCUGGCCGAGCACCUACGAAUCCAUAAGGGCGAGAAGCCCUACUCCUGCAGCCAGUGCGCAAAGACCUUCACGCAGAUGUCGCAUCUGACGCAGCAUCAGCGCAUGCACACUGGUGAGCGGCCUUACACAUGCCCAGACUUUAGCAAGCGCUUCAGCAACCGCUCUCACCUCCUCCAGCACCGCUUUGUACACACGGGUGAGCAUCCUUACAAGUGCCUGCAGUGUGGGGCUGCCUUCAGCCAUGUGUCCUCCCUCAUGGAGCAUCAAAAGAUACACACCGGGGAACGGCCCUACAAGUGCCAUGAGUGUGGCAAAACUUUCAGCCAGGACUCAUCCCUCACUCUGCACCAGCGCACGCACACGGGUGAGCGGCCCUAUGCCUGCCCCGAGUGCGGGAAGGCCUUCAGCAACCGUUCCUACCUACUGCAACACCACAUAGUACACACUGGGGAGAAGCCUGAGUGCGGCAGCUGUGGGAAGGCCUUCAGCUUCUCCUCCGCACUGAUCCGGCACCAAAGGACUCACGCGGACAAGAAGCCCUAACUCAUGUGGCCGCUGUGGAGAAGCCUUUGUCCAGCUUUCACACCUGACUCAGCCCCUGAGCGUUCAUGGGGAGAAGCCUUCAAGCAGUGGUGCCCUUGCAGACAGACCUGGACCAGCAGAAGAUGGAGAACUGAGCUUAACAGGGCAUGGACCAGGAGGUCCGCUAAGCACUUUUAUGCCUAUUUCCCAGCCUCACCACCCUUCUCAGUGAGGAAACUGAGGCUCAGAGAAGCUCAGUAAUUUGCCCCAUGCCACACAGCCCUGGGACCUGUCCUCACAGUUGCCAGACUUCCCUCAGCUGGCUCCUGGUGGCACAACCUGAGGGGCUGUGGCUGGUCUUUCAGUUGAUGUCAUGAUUGAGCAGGCACAUGCUCAAUAAUUUUAAUUGGAUUAAAGGGAAUAAAAGUUUCACUUCCUUUGGUGAAGCUGGCAUAUUUAUUAAAGGAGCAGAGUCUAGCCGGGUGUGGUGGCUCACGCCUGUAAACCUAGCACUCUGGGAGGCCGAGGCAGGUGGAUUGUUUGAGCUCAUGAGUUGAAGAACAGUCUGAGCAAAAAGCAAGACCCCCAUCUCUACUAAAAAUAGAAAAAUUGAGGCAAGAGGAUCGCUUGAGCCUGAAGUAGAGGUUGCUGUGAGUUAUGACGCCACAGCACUCUACCCAGGGUGACAGCUUCAGACUGUCUCAAAAAAAAAACAAAACAAAAAAAACAAAGGAGCAGAGUCUGAGGAAGAAAUCAAGAUUCACUAAGAAAUAUGAGUAGGAGAGACUCAGGAUAGGAAAUUACUCUAGAAGUGGUGAAUACCUGACACAGCUACAAAAGAUUUUUAGAGUGGACCCAGUCUUUUCUGUAUGAGGAAAUAGCCCCCCCCAUCCUUUUCUCCAAGACCCGAAUUUAGUGGUUUCAUUAGUUAGCUUCUGUUGUGUAACAAAGGUUACAUUAGUUAGCUCCUGCUGUGUAUCCAGACCUCAUCUGUCCAUUUCUUAACACAUCUGCAGGUCAUCUGGGUGGUUCUGUUGGUCUGGACCAGGCUUGGUUGAUCUCAGCUGGACUCAUGCAGGUGUCAGGUGGGGACUGGCUACUCCAAGAGGGCUCAACUGGGCCAGGUCAUUCUCCCAGUGACACACACCUAACCUGGUGUGUUCUCAGGGAGGUGGGCAGGGGCAGAGAGAGAGUAAACACACUGGCACAGUUUCGAGCCUCUGAUAGUGUGACCUUUGAAUCUAGUCUCAAUGGCCAAAGCAAGGCUUGUAGCCAAGGCCAGGAUCAGUGGAGGAAGCGCCCAUUGUGCCCAAAAGUAGUGAAGGGGGGAGCAAUUAAUGCACCCCAUCUUCUACAGUGGUGAAACAAAACUUAAUCACAUAACUUCACAUGCUCCAUAAUUUAUAAAGUAAAAAAAAAUUAAUGUUACCCUUUUACCCCCAAGCUACCAAAUCCCCUUACUAGAAGCAGUCACUUCAUUUACAUAUGUAUAUACACACUCAUAUAUAAAAGCAUAUAUAUGAAUAUUUGUUUAUAUGCCUAGAAUAUGCUGGAAGGAUAUAGCACACCUUGAGACACAAAUGGUAGCAUAUGAUACACAGAAUUUUCUGUCUGUUUUUUAAUUAUCUCAGGCUUUGAGAUGCCUUGUAUUAGUAGGCACAUGGGGAGACAUUAUUCCUAUGACAGUGUUUAGGUGUAAUAUUUCUUAUGUAAUAGAAUCACUUAUGGCUGUUUUGUUCUUCCCACUGUGACUUGUUUGGUUUCAGGGAAAAAAAAAUCCCUGAUAAAUAUUUUUGUUAUUAAAAAAAGGGUAAAAUAAAUAUUUUUGUUAUAAGAAUGCUUUUCAUACAAAGUUGACCAACAAAUUGUCCUGGGUCAUAGGACAAUAUAACUAUCCCCAACAUAAAAAAGAACCCCCCUGGGUGGCGCCUGUGGUUCAGUGAGUAGGCCCCGACCCCAUAUAUCGAGGGUGGCAGGUUCGAACCCGGCCCCAGCCAAACUGUAACAACAACAAAAAAAUAGCCGGGUGUUGUGUAGUCCCAGCU